GCUGGCGGCUUGGCUGCCAUGCCGAAGAACGCAGUAGUCAUCAUGCGCUACGGGCCCUACAGUGCAGUUGGCCUGUCUGUGGAGUACCGCACCUUCCGCCUAGAGGGCCUGCAAGCUGUGUUGGCCAAAGAUGGACACAAGGUCAUCCUCCAGAAGAUAGAAGACUGGAAUGUGGUAGAACUCAUGGUAAAUGAAGAAGUCGUCUUUUACUGCAACAUCACAGAUCUGGAAUUUGGAGGUGAUGGUCAACUAGACCCGCUGUGUGAAAAAGCCAGGAUAGCCGUCCUAGAGGCCUACUGAUCUUCUCGCCCGGACAGGCAUCUCAAGUCAACAAAACAGCAGCUGCCUCUGGCCCUUGUGUGAGGCAAACAAAAGCAGUUAUUCCAGGAUGCUGGGCUCUGACGGUCCAAGGUAAUGCCUGUCUGUCCUUCAGCCUGCCCACCACAGGCUCUCUCACUCGGCUACAGGGGAACAAGCCCCCCCACCCAAAUAAUAAAAGCACAUCAUCAUUUGCA